UGGACGGCCAAUGCCGAUGAGCGGAAUUACGCCAUAUCUACUAAGGUUAGUGGACCUCCAUCAUGAGAUUUCUACAUACCUAGGUACCUACCACUUAAUCUGAACAUUGACUCUCGAAGCCUACUACCUAAAGAUAAUGCUUCCUUCGCUUUUGGUUUCAUAAAACGUCACGCUACCAAUAAAUAGUAACCAUGUCGUUUACGUCCAUCCCAGUGUUAGAUUUAGCUCUGGCCAAAGACCCGCAGACGAAACCGCAGUUUCUGGCAGAUUUACGACAUGCCCUGAUGGAAGUCGGGUUCCUGUACCUUAAGAAUGUCGGUAUACCCGAGGAGCUGUGGCAGAAAGUUAUAGCGGAGGGUAAGGCGUUUUUUGACAUACCGAAGGAGGAAAAGCUAAAGAUUGAAAUGAAGAACGCGCCCUCAUUUCUAGGGUACUCGCAAUUGUCAGCCGAGAUCACUGCCGGCAAGGUCGACCACCGCGAGCAGAUUGACCUAUCGACUGAACACCCCGUGCCCGCGCCUAACGCGCCGCGCUACGAGAACCUGCUCGCACCUAACCAGUGGCCGUCACCAGCCGUGCUGCCCGAGUUCCGGCGUGUGUACGCGGACUACAUGCGCCGGAUGGGCGAUAUGUCCAUCGCCUUCACGCGGCUCAUCGCCGAGGCCAUCGAGCUUCCGCCUGACGCCUUCGCGCGCUACUUCGACGCCGACCAGCAGCACAAGCUAAAGAUCGUCAAGUACCCCGACCUCGCCGAGCUGGGGCUCGCUGAGGCCGGUGUCGAGGGCCAGGGUGUUGGCCCGCACAAAGACAGCAUGCUCACGAGCUACCUCCUCCAGGCGAGCCAGCAUAGGGGCUUGCAAGUCCAGAAUAUGCAAGGCCGCUGGAUCGACUGCCCCCCGCUUGGCGGUACCCUGGUGGUGGCGAUUGGCCAGGGGCUCGAGGCGCUGACGCAGGGAGUUUGUGCGUCUACUACACAUCGCGUGUUGUCGCCCGCCGCGGGCCAGGGAGCUCGGUUCUCGAUCCCGUUCUUCCAGGGCGUUAGAGCGUCGACGACAUUCGAGGAGCUGGAGGACGUGGGUGUGGGGAAGGUGCCGGAGGGUGUAAGACGCCAGCGGGAGCAGGUGUUGCAAGCGAAUGGGGGUGCGAGGCUCGACGACGUCGAGUUUACGUUUCGCAAGGGGGGCGUCGCAAAGACAUUGGGCGAGGCGACGCUUAGGAAUAGGGUGAAGAGCCACCCGGAUGUCGGGGAGAGAUGGUACCCCGAUAUCCUAAGGGAUAUACGAGCGCUGCAGGCCAAGGAAGCAGUAGAUAAGCAGCCUAAUGCCAGCGCUUCGGCUUCUCCUGGUGGUAUUAAGAAUAGUGGUGGUAACACGCAGGCGCAAGCGGUAGAGGCACAUUGACGAGCAGCACACAAACGCACACACAUACAAUAAAUGCAACGCGGUUUCGCGCAAUACCUAUUGGAAUAUCUCAAGUUACCAACUCUCGCGUAAUUUCAUUAAUCAGUUUUCC